CAGAGACCCUGCACCUUCCCAUCCUGCUGCUCCUCCACUCAACUCCAGCUCACGAGUCUCACCCCUCCUCCAACCCUCUCCCCCUCCUUUUUAGAGAGAGAAAUCUAGAAACGCCUAGAGAGAGGGAGGCAGUACUGCGAGCGGGAGGAGGAGAUGGAGAGGGCGGCGCCGGUGAGGAGCUCCCACACCUCGACGGCCGACCUGCUUGCGUGGCCGCAGCCCCAAGGCCCCGCCACGCCGUCGCCGCCGCGCCGCCCCGGCCAGCCGUCGGAGGCGAUCAGGAAGGUGGUGUUCGGGGGCCAGGUCACCGAGGAGGAGGCCGACAGCCUCAGCAAGAGGUCAGAUUGCUCCUCACUCCCGCCCCUUUCCUUGCUCUUCAACCGAGUUCUUGCUCAUGGUCCGUUGAUUCGGAUCAAGAGAUUUACCUCGAUUGAUCUGGCCUCUGAUGCACGCUCCUCCAGGAAGGUCUGCUCCGCACCCAAGUGGAAGGAGAUGACGGGGAGCGGCAUAUUCGCGGCCGGGAGCAACGGCGAUGCCGAGGAGGCCGCCGCUUCUGCGAAGCCCGCCCGGACUGCCUCGCGCCAGGCGAUCAGUACUGUAAGCCACAUCUCAUUCGCAGAGGACGGAAGUGAUCCUCCCAAAAAGCCAACUUCAGUAGCUGAGGUGGCAAAGCAGCGUGAGCUUAGUGGUACUCUUCAAAGUGAGGCAGACAGUAAGAUGAAGAAGCAGAUAUCAAAUGCAAAAUCAAAGGAGCUCAGCGGCCACGACAUCUUUGCUGAUACACAUGAUUCCAGGUCUAACAGGGCAAGGAACUCAUCAAACGACAGCUCUGCCUCACACACACCUGUGAAAAAUGCAAACGUUAGCACCUUCUCGUUUGGGGAGACCAACACUGACAACGCACCAAAAACGUCAAAGAAGAUAACUGGCAAGAAGUUCACUGACCUGACGGGCAACAACAUCUUCAAGGGAGAUGCUCCGCCAGGUUCUGCAGAGAAGCAUCUGAGCACCGCAAAACUGAAGGAGAUUACUGGAAGCAACAUUUUUGCAGAUGGGAAGGAUCGGACCCCAGAGCGCGUCGGUGGACACCGCAAGCCUCCUGGCGGCGAGAGCACCAUCGCGCUGGUUUAGCAUCCUGGAUGGACCUCGUCUUUGCCCAUGUUUACCUCCGUAGAAGCUUGUUGAUGGUGCAGGUUGUGCCGUCAGUCUGCAGUCUUGUUAUCGUGAUCCGGCAGUGCGUCCCAUUCUUAGUAAUGAUGAUCUAGUUUAACUCUUGGUGUGCGUAUGCUGUUUUGUUUGGUUUGUGGCAUGGCCAAUUUCUGUGACUGGAGAUGCGGUGUCUUGGUAAAAUGCACUUGUCAGUGGAUAUGUAUUAUGUUUGAGAAAUACUAAUAACGUGAUGGGUCAGAAGCCAGAACCAGCCUCGCGUGUUUCACCCAUCGAAUUGGACGCGGUUAAGCUGUGACCCGCGACCUUGCCGUUUAUGGAAUAAACCAAAGGUUCCUUCUCUGGCCGUUGCACUAGCAGGAAGUCGACGCCCUGAUGUUGGUGGCAUGGAAGCAAAAGGAAAUAUCUCAUCAGAAAUGAUAUCUCACGAGAUAUACACGCGACCUGGGGAAAUGUCUAGCACAUGUAACCUUUUAUGUAAAUUACUGUAAGGAAGAUACAUGAUUUUGAUCGAUAUUCAAGCUUCCUUUUGUUA